UUGGAAUUCCACCAAACCAUAUAUAUAUAUAUACACAUUUCCCUCUAUAAAUUUCAAAUUCCCAAAACCAUCCCACAAAUGGAAGAAGGCUCAACCGGCAGAGGAAGAGGCGGCGCCACCACCCCCGGCGGCGGCGGCGGAGACGGAGAAAUAAAAUAUAGAGGAGUCCGAAAGCGGCCGUGGGGUAAAUAUGCGGCCGAGAUACGAGACACAAACCGGCAAGGCGCCCGUGUCUGGUUAGGGACAUUCAAUACGGCCGAGGAGGCCGCUAGGGCAUAUGACAGGGCGGCGUUCGCCAUGCGAGGAAAUUUGGCGAUCCUUAAUUUCCCCGAAGAGUACGGUUUGCCGAGCAGCUCGUCGCAUUUUGCUUCGGGCCCGGGCUCAAGUUCGGGCUCGGUGCAUGAGAGAAAUGACGAAGAGCAGCCCGAUAGGGAAGUAUUUGAAUUCGAGUAUUUCGACGAUAAGUUGCUGGAAGAGCUUCUAGAAGAUAAAAAUGACAAGAACAAGAAGGUUUGAGAAUGUUCUUUUUUAUUCAUAUAUAUUGACCAAAUAAUUUGAAUAAAAAUAUUUUGUGUAAUAUAUAUAUAUAUUGUGU